AUGCCGGUCGGCAAUGCAACCGACCCAGCCCAUCGAGACCGGCCCAAAGGAAAAUUUACGGAACCAUUGGAUUUAGGACCUCCAACAAUAGUAUGUGAGCAUUGUGGAGCUCAACUUUGGUAUGAAGAGAGAACUGUAAAGUCAAAAACGCCUACAAAACCAAAGUUUAGUUUGUGCUGUUCUGAAGGAAGAGUUCAACUCCCUCUAUUGAAAGAACCUCCACCCUUUCUUGGAAACUUACUCAAUAUUAAUAGUGAUGAGAGAUCAAUAAACUUUCAACUAGGGAUAAGAAUCUACAACUCUCUCUUUGCUUUCACUUCUUUGGGGGGUAAUGUUGAUAGAUCAGUGAAUAAUGGUUCUGGUCCAUAUGUGUUCCGUGUAAAUGGUCAAACUCAUCAUAGAAUUGGAUCACUUCUUCCUGUCCAUGGCCAAAAACCUAAGUAUGCACAGCUUUAUAUUUAUGAAACUGAUAAUGAAGUUAAAAAUAGAAUUGAUGCAGUUAUACGUGAAGAUGAUAGAAAUUAUGUGGAUCCAGAUAUUGUUACUGGGUUGAUGGAAAUGUUAGAUCAGUGUAACCAAUUGGUUAAAUGUUUUAGAAUGGUCAGGGACAGAUUUGAUGAAUCAGAUAUACAUAAUGUCAGAAUUCGUUUAAUACGAAGUCGUAAUUCUGGUGAAAGGCAAUAUGACUUACCUGUAACGUCUGAGAUAGCUGCUCUUAUUGUUGGAGAUUUUAAUAUUGAAAGUUCUGAUAGAGAUAUUAUUGUUGAGAAUCGAAGUUUAGGAUUGCAACAUAUAAACGGAACUCAUCCAAGCUUUAUGGCAUUGCAAUAUCUAUUACUUUUUCCGUAUGGUGAGGAUGGGUAUAUGCUUGGUAUACCUUAUAGGAAUUUGAAUGGGAGCAAUUCUAGAAAAAGGGAAUCAAUAACAAUGAGAGAAUACUAUGCUUAUAGGCUUCAACAACGCUUUCAUGAGGGCAAGACAUUGUUGCUUGGUAGGAGGCUUUUUCAACAAUUUAUAGUGGAUGCAUACACUUCUAUCGAAGAAGAAAGACUACAAUGGGUUAGAUUCAAUCAAAAAAAAUCGAGGUCAGAGCUGUACUAUGGUUUGAAAGAUGCCGUUCUUCGUGGUGAUACAGAUCCCAUUACCGUAGGCAAACGAAUAGUCCUACCAUCCUCAUUUACUGGAAGUCCAAGGUACAUGGUUCAAAAUUAUCAAGAUGCAAUGGCGAUAUGUAGAUGGGCAAGUUACCCAGAUUUAUUUCUUACAUUUACUUGCAAUCCAAAAUGGUCAGAAAUCAAUCAUUCCUUAGAAUUUAUAGAAGGCCUGAAAUAUGAGGAUCGGCCAGAUAUUGUAGCAAGGGUUUUUAAGCUAAAAUUAGAUGAACUAUUACAUGAUUUGAGGCAUAAAUCUCAUUUUGGAAGAGUUAUUGCUAUUGUGUAUACAAUUGAAUUCCAAAAAAUAGGACUCCCACAUGCACAUAUUCUUCUAUUCUUGGAUCCAAAGGAUAAGUGUCCAAGUCCAACAGACAUUGAUGGUAUCAUUAUGGCUAAGAUACCAGAUCUAGAUGACGAUCCUGUUGCUAAUGAAGCUGUAAAAAAAUUUAUGAUGCAUGGGCCAUGUGGAUCUGCAAAUCCGAAAUCACCGUGCAUGAUGAAUGGUAAAUGUACAAAACAUUUUCCGAAAAGAUUUUAUGAAGAAACAACAAUUGAUGAAGAAGGCUUUCCAGUAUAUAGAAGGAGAAAUGAUGGAAAAACAAUAGAGAAGAACGGAAUUCUUUUGGAUAACCGAUAUGUUGUACCUUAUAAUGUAGAUCUUUUGGGAUCAGAUAGAGCAACAGUUGUUGUAGAAGAGAAUUUGCCAAAUAUUGGGAGUGAUGGACAAGAGACCGAAAUUGUUGUUGAUGAGACAAAAGCAUACUUAGAUUGUAGAUAUAUUUCAGCUUCUGAAUCAUGUUGGAGAAUAUUUGAAUUUCCAAUUCAGUUUCGAUAUCCACCUGUUGAAAGAUUAAAUUUUCAUUUGGAAGACGAACAUCCCAUCAUUUAUCCGGAAAAUACAAGCUUGGAUAAUGUUUUAAAUAUACCUGGUAUUGAAGAAACAAAGUUUACAGAAUGGAUGAAAACAAAUGAGGCUUUUGAAGAUGCUCGAGAGUUGACUUAUGCUGAAUUUCCUACAAAAUGGGUAUGGCAUAGUAAUGAUAAGCAAUGGCAAAGAAGGAAAUCUAAAUAUUGUAUUGGAAGAGUGUACUACGCACAUCCUUCAAGUGGUGAAAGGUUUUAUUUGAGAAUGUUGCUUAACAUUGUCAAAGGUCCAAGAAACUUUAAAGAAUUAAAGACUAUAAAUGAUGUUACUUAUCCAACUUAUAAGGAAGCCUGUUAUGCACUUGGACUUCUUGAUGACGACAAAGAAUGGCAUGAUUCCCUAAUUGAAGCUUCGAAUUGGGCCAGUGGGCAACAAUUGCGUCAACUAUUUGUUACAAUGCUAUUGUUUUGUGAGGUAGCUGAUCCAUUAAGUCUUUGGGAAUCCAACUGGAAACUGAUUACAGAAGAUAUACUAAAUAGGCAAAGGCGUAUCCUCCAAUUCCAAGAACUAGUUUUAUCAGAUGACCAAUUGAGAAAUUAUGGAUUGUAUGAAAUCGAACAAAUCCUCCAACAAUAUGGAAGAUCACCUAGAGAUUAUCCACAAAUGCCCCAGCCAAAUAUGGAUCUUAUUCAGAAUGGGAAUAGACUUAUUCAAGAAGAAAUGUUGUAUGAUGUAUCAAGUCUGAAAAGAGAACAUGAGAUCCUAAUUUCUGGCCUAAACAAUGAACAAAGAAUAAUCUACAAUUCUAUAAUGGAAGCUGUUGCUACUGAAAGAGGGGGAAUGUUUUUUGUCUAUGGACAUGGUGGAAUGGGUAAAACGUAUCUUUAUAGAACCAUCCUGUCUGGUAUAAGAUCAAAAGGCAAAAUUGCUCUUGCUGUUGCGUCUUCAGGAAUUGCUGCUUUGUUGCUUCCUGGUGGAAGGACUGCUCACUCAAGAUUUCAUAUCCCAAUUAAUGUAAAUGAUGACUCUACCUGUGACAUAAAGCAAAGAACACAAGCAGCGGAACUUCUCUAA